AUGAAAAUUGCUGCAUUCAAUGUUCAGAGGUUUGGACUAACGAAAGUCUCAAAUCCAGAUGUGCUCUCAGCUCUGGUUAAGAUUGUGUCUCGUUAUGACAUCAUUGUGAUUCUUGAGGUGGUGGAUGUCAGUAGCGCAGCGGUUAAACUGUUUGUAAAGGAACUCAAUAGAGUCAACAUAAGCCAUCACUAUGCUCAGCAGUUUAGUAGCCGACUGGGUAGGAACAGAUACAAGGAACAGUUCCUCUUCCUCUUCAGGGAUGACGUGGUCGACUUGAUUGACUGCUAUCAGUAUGAAGACAACCAAGACUGUGACAUGGAUGCUUUUUGCAGGGAGCCCUAUAUUCUGCACUUCAAACCACGCAACACUGUGCUGAGCGAUAUAGUGCUGAUCCCAGUCCGCACCACACAGUGGGAAACAGAGAAAGAGCUGGAUGAACUGUAUGAUGUCUUCCUGGCGGUCAAGGACAAAUGGAAAACGGAUAACGUAAUGAUGCUCGGUGACUUCAAUGCAGAUGGCAAAUUUGUGACUCAAAAAGGAAUGAAAGAGCUUCGCAUUCGCAGCGACAAGAAUUUUCACUGGCUCAUUGGUGACGACAUGGACACAACUGCAAAUACAGCGAAUGCACACACCUACGACAGGAUCGUUGUGUACGGAGACGACAUGAUGGCGGCCAUUGUGCCCCAGUCAGCCAAACCAUUCAAUUUUCACAGAGAGUUUUCAAUGACAGAAGAAAUGGCGCUGCAAGUGAGUGACCGCUACCCUGUUGAGGUGAAAUUGAGCAGCUCGCUUCUUUUCUGGAUGACAAAUCACAUCCAUAGUGGUGACACAGAAUACACACCGCCUGCCACAGUAAAGAACGCUUCUGCAGAGCGUUUGUACGAUGAUGUGUUGAGAAUACAGAAAGAAAACCUCCAUCUGGAACGAGAAAAACUCCAACUUCAAAUCUCCUUAUUAAAACAUCGUCUUGCCUCACUCAGUCGCAACAUUGACGGUUCCUCUCGUGCAAGUUUGUUUUUCUAGUCAACAGCUUCGUUUGAUGUAUUGCCAACAUAUUUCAGGAUGAUAAAUACAUACAUAUGACUAGUUACAUAACACUUGAGAUGACAUCAUCAUUUUAAUAUUUUUGUUUGGUGGUCAUUGGGUUUUUGGUGGUGUGCUGUGCGAUUUUGCUAGUGUAAAAUGUUUGCCUUAAUUGGCUCAGUAAAGGUUGGGAAACACUAGGCCAUAAAUGUCAAACUCAAGGCCGGGGGCCGAAUCUGGUGUGCCACAUCAUUUUAUGUGACCUGCGAAAGCAAAUCAUGUGUCAACUUCCAUAAUUCUUGCUUGAAUCUGUACCAAAAUUUUCAAA